AUGAAGCGCUCGGUGACCGCUUGGCUCUUGAUCGGGCUUAGCCUCGGUGUCCCCCAGUUCUGCAAAGGUGAUAUUUGUGAUCCCAAUCCAUGUAAAAAUGGAGGUGUUUGUUUGUCAGGAUUGUCUGACAAUUCCUUUUCCUGUGAGUGUCCAGAUGGCUUCACAGAUCCCAACUGUACUAGUGUUGUGGAGGUUGCAUCAGAUGAAGAAGAGCCAACUUCAGCAGGUCCCUGCAUUCCUAAUCCAUGCCAUAAUGGAGGAACCUGUGAAAUAAGUGAAGCGUACAGAGGGGACACAUUCAUAGGUUACAUCUGUAAAUGUCCUCGAGGAUUUAAUGGGAUUCACUGUCAGCACAACAUAAAUGAAUGUGAAGCUGAGCCUUGCAAAAAUGGUGGAAUAUGUACAGAUCUUGUUGCUAACUAUUCCUGUGAGUGCCCAGGUGAAUUCAUGGGAAGAAAUUGUCAGUACAAAUGCUCAGGCCCAUUGGGAAUGGAAGGUGGAAUCAUAUCAAAUCAGCAAAUCACAGCUUCCUCUACCCACCGAGCUCUUUUUGGACUCCAGAAGUGGUAUCCCUACUAUGCACGUCUCAAUAAGAAGGGGCUUAUAAAUGCAUGGACAGCUGCAGAAAAUGACAGAUGGCCAUGGAUUCAGAUAAAUUUACAAAGAAAAAUGAGAGUCACUGGUGUGAUUACUCAAGGAGCUAAAAGGAUUGGAAGUCCAGAAUAUAUAAAAUCUUACAAAAUUGCCUAUAGCAACGAUGGAAAAACUUGGACAAUGUACAAAGUAAAAGGCGCCAAUGAAGACAUGGUGUUUCGUGGAAAUGUUGAUAACAACACACCCUAUGCUAACUCUUUCACACCCCCGAUAAAAGCUCAGUAUGUAAGACUCUAUCCGCAAGUUUGUCGAAGACACUGCACUUUGAGAAUGGAACUUCUUGGAUGUGAACUAUCAGGCUGUUCGGAGCCUCUGGGGAUGAAAUCAGGACAUAUACAAGACUAUCAGAUCACUGCAUCAAGCAUCUUCAGGACUCUGAACAUGGACAUGUUCACUUGGGAACCAAGGAAAGCUCGGCUGGACAAACAGGGCAAAGUGAAUGCCUGGACCUCUGGCCACAAUGACCAGUCACAAUGGUUACAGGUGGACCUUCUGGUCCCUACCAAAGUAACUGGCAUCAUUACACAAGGAGCUAAAGAUUUUGGUCACGUACAGUUCGUAGGCUCCUACAAACUAGCUUACAGCAAUGAUGGAGAACACUGGACUGUAUACCAGGAUGAAAAGCAAAAAAAAGAUAAGGUUUUCCAGGGCAAUUUUGACAAUGAUACCCACAGGAAAAACGUCAUCGACCCUCCCAUCUAUGCACGGCACAUCAGAAUCCUCCCCUGGUCCUGGUAUGGGAGGAUCACGCUGCGCUCGGAGCUGCUGGGUUGUACAGAGGAAGAGUAA